UUGGAUCCUGAUUGCAUUUGUCUUGAAAUCAGCAUACGUCGGCACUUUGCCAUCGUUCAUGAUUAAUCCUGGAACCGAAGUUAUUCCUCGGACAUUUCAAGAAUUGAUUCACUCAGUGAAAGCGGGGCGAUACAACAUCACUUCACAUGGAUGGAUGAAUGUCGUUAUUUUAAUGGAUGUGUUAAAAAUGCAUUAUUCAAGACAACAAUAAUUAAAAACGAUAUGAUCGAAAUCUUUGAUCAAAAUGUCAAAAAGUAUAAAGAGUCGGGUCGUAAACCAAUUAAAAAAGUACUUAGGGGAACUCACGCCGUGCUAGCAUCAAGAGAGAAAAUUGAAGAGAGCACAAACAAAAGGGAAAAAGAAAAAAUCUUCAUUUCAGAAGACAUACUUUUUACGAAAUUCGAGUACAUUCAAAUAAAUUUAGUCAAAGUGAAUUAUGCUGUCGAAAUUGCUAAAACGGUAAAUCUCAUUGCACAAAGUGGAAUACCUGAGAAAAUUCGUAGUGACAUGCAAAAUAAAAAAACAAAGAAGUGACCUUUUCUACAAUGAUGAUGCAAUUCAUACUAAUGAAGGAAAACCUCUGGAAAUAGAUGAUAUUAUCAGUCUACUCUAUUUAUUAGUUAUAGGAUAUUUGCUCUCUUCUGUGGUAUUUAUUUCAGAAAUUCUAGUAA